AAACAAUCUUGUGUUGAGCAGCGGGAGCAGACGCCGCUGAGUCCCAGGCAGAAUGUGGGCUCCUCUACACAUGCGCAAGAUUUUCGUUGGCGGCAUCGAUUACACCACCACCGAUGAAAGUCUGCGGGAACACUUCUCCUCCUGGGGUGACGUGGUGGAUGCUGUGGUGAUGAAGGACAUGACCAAUAACAGGUCGCGAGGGUUCGGCUUCGUGACCUUUGGCAGCCCCGAGCACGUUGACGCAGUACAGAAGGCUCGACCACACAAGGUUGAUGGGCGCCUGGUGGAGACCAAGAGAGCCGUGCCAAGGGGGGAGACAAAUAAUUCAGUCCUCCCCACGUCCUCCCACCCUGACCCCACACACACUAGGAUCUUCAUUGGUGGGCUGCCACAGGAUGUGAAGGAGGAGGACCUGGAGAAUUACUUUGCUAACUUUGGCCGAGUGACUUGCAUCAACAUUAUGUACGACAAGAACAGCGGCCGACACCGAGGCUUUGCUUUUGUGGACUUCAACGAUUAUGACCCUGUGGAUAAAGUUCUGUUGACGAGGAACCACUCCAUCAAGGGGCGCCUCAUUGACGUGAAGAAGGCCAUCAGCAAGUCAGACAUCAGCAAGAUCAAGAGCAUCAUGACAGGUGCCAUGGCCGGCCCAGAGGCAGCCUUCCUGGCCAGCUUUGGUGGUGGCGGUGGCUCCAACGACGGCACUCCUGCCUCCACUCCCAUCCCCCCUCCCCUCGGUGCCCUGCCCCCUGUGGCUGGCACCUCGGGCGGAGCCUCCAUGAAUGGGUCAGCUGGAGGACGGCCGGCAGCCCCGGGCACCGGCACGGGGACCAGCAGUGGUGGUGGUGCCAGCCCCGGCGGCACCCUGCCCCUGCCCCCCAUGGCACACCACUUCUUCCCCCGCCUACCACUGGCUGGCCUGCCUGGGUUCUCCGCACAGCUCAGGUCCGGCUGGCAGUACAGUCUGUCCGGCAACGCUGAGGUGUUGCGCAACACUGCAGUACCUGCAGGAGCCAUCAGCACACGACCGUCUGGUGCUCCAGCGAUUGCACCAGCAGCAGCGGCGGCAGCAGCCAUGACACAAGCGAACGCGUCGGCACUCUUGGCGGGCGGCAGCGAGGAGGAGGAGGAGGAGGAGGAGGAAGAAGAGCAGGUGAUGGACAUGGAAGAGGGAGGCAGCGAGGCGUGGGAGGGGACGAGGGGGGAGGAUUCCUGCCCGCCCAGUGCCCGGGUGCUGUUCAUCGAGCCUUUUUAUGGAGGCUCUCACCGACAGCUCAUUGCAACACUGAGGAGUGAUGAGAGUGUAAUAGGGCCAGAGGAGGCGGCACUGUUCACGCUGCCCAGCAAGAAGUGGCACUGGAGGGCUCGCACUGCUGCUCUCUAUUUCUACCAGAAGAUCCCAAUAUCCCACGUCUUCAAGGUCAUGUUUGCCUCCUCCACCCUCAACCUGUGCGAGCUGAUUGGCCUGCGUCCGGACCUGGCUCCAGUCAAAAAGAUCCUUUAUUUCCAUGAGAACCAGCUUGUUUAUCCCGUCAAGAAACAGAAAGACAGGGACUUCCAGUAUGGAUAUAACCAGAUUCUGUCUUGCCUGGUGGCCGACGUAGUGGUGUUCAACUCUCAGUACAACCUUGAAUCGUUCCUGCGGGAGAUGCCAAGACAUCUCAAGCUGCAGCCUGACCAUCGACCAGACACACACAGCUUGGUGGAGGCUGUGCGUGCCAAGUCCAGGGUUCUGUUUUUCCCUGUCAACAUCUCCCACAAGACUCGCUCACCCAAGGACGCCCUGGAGCCCCUUCACAUCAUCUGGCCACACCGCUGGGAGCAUGACAAGGACCCCACCACAAUGUUCAAGGUAUUGUUCCAGCUGGCAGAGGCUGGGCUUAACUUCAGGGUGUGUGUGUUGGGCCAGUCCUUCUCGGAGAACCCACCAAUCUUCAACGAGGCUCGGCAGAGACUGGCCAACUUCAUCACCCACUGGGGAUAUGCUGAGAGCCGGGAAAAGUACUGGGAGCUGCUGCAUACUGGGGACGUGGUGGUUUCGACAGCUCACCAUGAGUUCUUUGGGGUGGCAAUGCUGGAGGCUGUGGGUGCUGGCUGCUUCCCCAUCUGCCCCAACAGGCUAGUCUACCCAGAGAUAUUUCCUCAGGAAUGUCUGUACAACACCACACAACAGCUGCAGAAGAGCCUAGCCCAGUGGUGUGCCCGGCCCCAGUUGGUACGCUCCAAGAAGGUGAACCUGGACCUCAACACAUUCUCCUGGGCCACCCUCAAGCAACAGUACCGGGACCUGCUCACCUAACUGUGGCCUCUUCCCCCACCACCAACCCCCCCUCCACUCCCCCAAGCCUUCACCGCCACCUAGUACAAUAUCAGUAACCACCAGUAACAGUCACGCAUAGACCACCACAGUGUCUGGUCAUGUUUGGGUCGUGUUUGGGUUGUGUUUGGGUCAUGUCGUAUGCUGCACAGGGCUAGGCAGUGUCUCAGGGAGGGCAGAGGUCAAGGUGUUCUUGGUAAUGUGUGCAGUGACCCCAGUGGCUGAGGUCAGGUCAGUGAGGUGGGCUUGCGUUGGUCUCGGUCUGCUGUGCUCAAGCCUUCUCUUGUCAUGUGUGUGUAACUACAUCAUUGGGUUACGCUUCCAUGGGGAUCUCUGGAAAGUGUUUUUUUUUACUUUUGCAACAAAGUGAUACAUAUUUUUCUUAGUGGUGAGGUGAAAUAAUUAAUUUUUUCAUUCGUGUUUCAUUCUCAUUGGCUGACAGUUCCUGAGGCAUCAAUGAUAGUACAGCUUCAUGGCUCUGAGGUAAAGUAAUAUGCAUUUUCUCAUCUUGAUCCUUACUUACUGACCUGCAGUUCCUUUUUGCAUCAGUUUCUUGGCUCUCAGAUGAAGCAAUAAGUGUUUUUCUGUCUUGUUCCUUCACUGGCCAAAAGUUCCAUAGUUUCUUUGCUCUGAGGUGAAGUAACAUUUUUUAUCUUGUUCCUCGCUCAUUGUUUAACAGUUCCUUAACCAUCAGUGGUAAUGCAGUUUCUUCUGUCUCAGAUGAAGGAAUAUGUAUUUUUAUCUUGUUUCUCACUCAUUGACUUACAGUUCCUAAGCCAUCACUUUGUUCCUCACUCAGUCAUACCUUAUACAGCAUUUCAUCUUCCUUGUCUAUUGAAGCAAGUACUUUUCCUGCCAGUCAUAAAAAUUAAUAUACAUUUCAUCUUGUUCCUCAGUCAUAAUUUAUCUUGUGCAUGUUUUCAUCUCUCUCUCUCUCUCUCUCUCUCUCUCUCUCUCUCCUUGUCAGAUGGGUUUCCUUACUUAGGAUCUUCAUCAGUGCAGACAGAAAGUGCAGUUUGUAAUGCAAGGAUGAGAGAGAGUGUCCCUUGCUUCACUUCACUUGGUUUAAUGUCUAUUGUCAAAGAAAUGGAGUUUUAUGGGCACUUCUUAACUUGCUAGCACUUUUAACAGUUUUUCCUCACAAUGUCUUCUUUAAAUUUCUCUUUUAGGUUCUCGAUGCAAAAAUUUCACAACCUUGUUUGAUUCUUACGAUGCAUCAUGAUGGCUCUUGCAUUCAUUAUUGACUUAAGGUGCAUCUUAACAAUUUCUCUUCAUAUCUCUUCAUUACCAACACAAAAUACGCAUCUUGCAAAUCUCCCAUCAUGUUGCCAGUUCAGAAGUUUUAUAAUCUUGUAUAAUUCAUAACUUCCAUCAUUAUAAUUCUUGUCAUUAUUAGCAUUAUCAGCUUUUAAGAGACUCAUUACCAACAUGCUUGGUAAACAUACAAAGGUACAGUUUAUUUUCUUUCAUCUGCUUGUCAUGAUUCUGUAAUUGUUUUAGUUCCCAGUCCAUCUUAUUGAUUUUCCUCAGCAGCUGGGGUCUGUCUGUCUGUCUGCCUGUGUGUCUGUCAUUCUGUCUCUGUGUCAGCAUUCGUCACCCACUUGGCUGUGUUUUGAUGGAGUGGGGAGUGUAGCUUUCUGAAGUGAUGGGUAGUUGUAUGCAGAAGUGAUAGGGCUGUUACACACACACACACACACACACACACACACACACACACACACACACACACACACACACACACACACACAUAUCCUACUACUACACAUAACACAGCAUUAACUUUACCAACACAAUUUAGUUCUUUAGUGCUGCUGCUACUACUACUACUACUACUACUACUACUACUACUACUACUACUACUACUACUACUACUACUACUACUACUUCUACUACUAUUAUUACUACUACUACUACUACACAACACUAGCAUUAUAAUUUUGUACUUUAGUUAGUUGGGGAGUGUGGUGGUUUUGAAAAAUUAACAUAAACAGAAACUUUACUACUGCUACUACUACUACUACUACUACUAAACAACACCACAUUAGCUUAACCCACAUAUAUUUUGUUUAUUAAUGGGGGAAGGUGGUGGCCAUUGGAAAUGUAAUCGAAAGAUAAUCAUUUUAAAAGUAAUCUAAAUAAAAACGCAGAUUCGGAACAUGAAAACAAUGCCAUAGACUAAAUAACCCAAGAAAAAAGGCCAAAAAUGUGUAGUGAUCGAUGCUAUUAAGUUAUUGACAAUUAUUCCUAGCCGCAAGUAGUUAUUAUUAUUAUUAUUACUGCUUAUACUUUUCCCCUGAAUUCUCGUAGGGACUAAUUUUCCAGGCUUGCGUCCUUUGUCACACUCCCUGCCCUCCGUGCCCCACUCCUGUCUUGGCAGAACCAAAUAUUCGGUUACUCAGUGAAGCAGCAGUCAUGGGUCCACUCCCUCCUUCAGUCUUUAACUCUAAUCUGCAAACAGUCAUCUUACGGGGUCUAAUAACUGAUAGAUUCCAGCCAGAUGAGAGGGUGUGGUACCCAAUCAGCAUCGGAGUGGUUGUGUUACUUGCUACCUGUGUUGAGAUGCAUUCACUUCCCCUUGCUGUCUUUGGUGGGGCUGGAAUGUACUUUCAUUAAUACGUCAAUUUCACCUCCUGUGUUAGAUGAGGCUGGGCAGUACUCACAUUAAAACCCAUUCAUUUCCCAUCUCUAUUUUUGGUGAUGUUAAGAAGUCUGUACGUUAAGACAUUAAUUUCACCUGUAUGUUGAGUGGAGUUUUGUUAUAGCGCUCUUUUCCAUGACCAAUAGCAGCGUGUGGUGGCGGCCCUUCAAGAGUCCAUUGUGUCUUGUUCCCUUGGCAAUGUUUUGUUCCUGGCAUUGAAUGCAGUUAGUUAGACUUCCUGCAUCUCAGUGUAUUGUGUCUGGUUCCCUUUGCCUGCAGCAGCUUCGUGGGGCUCAGAUCUUCGCUGGUGUGUGUGUGUGCGUGUGUGUACGUUUGAUAUUUUUAUUUUACUCAACACAGACCAUUUUCCUCACAGUGGCUCAGAUGUUAUAGAUUUGUAGGCUUUUUGUUUUGGGAUUCGUUGGUGAGAGUUUAGCUUUUCUCAUUAGUAGGAAAAGGUACAGUUUCAUUUUUUUGUAACCAAGGGAAAGUAGUUGAAGUAUUUUUUUUUUUUUAACAUGACACGGCAUUAUUGUUACUUUUUAGCAAUUCUAGAUAGUCAGAAUGAUCAUCACAAGCAAUAACUGCCUGGAAGCAAGCAAGUCUUUUCGUAGCCUAAGACUCACAGACGUACAUAGUUCAUUCUUUGUAAAUUUGUACCAUAACGUAACGUCUCGAUAAAUUUUAUACCGUAGCUUCUGUUUUGACACAAGUCGCGUAAACUAACUCGUGUUUCUUCAGUCCUUCUUUUAGAUACACGUGCCAUCAGGAAACAUUUUUGAUCAAAGGAUGUAUGUAAAUUUGAAGAGCUGUAGUGUUGAUUCAAUUCAGAACGUAGCAAAGUGAAGUUUUCAGUGUCUAGCAUCUCUUUGUACGUAGUGAGGAUGUCCUACUGUUUGUCAUACUGUCAUCACAGAGAAAUGCAUUAACACACUCACCCAGACAGAGCAAAGUAUGCCAGGAAACACAGUAGGCCAGCCAGGUGUAGAUGUAGGUGUAGGUGUGUGUGUGUGUGCACCGUGGCCACACCAGAUAACACCAGAUUAGUUGCAGCACUUCACUGUGAGAGGAGGAAAUGCCUUCCUUCUGUCCUGUUUGUCAUGAGAGUUAGAAUUCAGUAACCUGAUUGUUUUGUGACUUGUUUUCCUUGCUAAUGAUUCUUGUCAAGUAUAAAUCCAGCAAAACUUGACAUCAGAUGACUUGAGACUGAAGGAAAAGCAAGUAUAUAUCAAAGGAGUGUUUCAUAUAUUAUUAGUUGUCAAGUAAUCUGCUUCUCUUGUCAUGUUUCCUGUCUUGUUCUAUGAUCCUAUGACAGUCUUACAAAACCUGACAUCAGAUCACUAGAAACUGAAAGAAAACUAAGUGUAUGUUUCUAGACAACAAGUAAUCUGCCUUUCCUUUUCUUGUGAUAUGCAUUUUUCCUCAGUCUCAUCUUCUGAUCCAGUGGAAACCUUACAAAACCCAACAUCACAUGACUUGGGAAUGAAGGAAAACAAAGCACGCAAAGUCUUGUUGGUUACUUAACGUCUAACUUCAUGUAGCAGGAGCAGCAUCUACCAUCACUGCAGAAACAUGAGCAAGAGCAAACCUAACCUAACCUAAGUGCGUGUGAGCAACUUAGCGAACCUAACGUAACAAAUCCUGUGGUGGUUUCUGUGGGGACAUGUUCUGGCUGCGACUUGUGAGGAAGAUGCGUCGUGUGGCGUAAACACUGCCUGAAGGGAGGGCUGACAGGGGGGAGGGGGUGCCCAAAACGAGGCAAUAGUGCGUAGACUCUUUGUCAAGUAGGCAGCAACCGUAGCGGGCGGCAGCAGCAGCAGUCUGGCGGUUACAUAUGUAGGGAGUGAGUACAGGUCCUUAUCUCUAGUGUGGCGGUUCAUCGUACUUACGGUAACAUUUCAACAGUAGUCUCGGCUAGCCAGUACUGGAUGUUGUGUGUUCUUCAGCAGCAGAGGGGGAGGUGUUCGUGCAUCACUCCGGACACUGAAUGAAUCUUGCAGGAGAGGAGGAGGUGGGAGUUAAAAUUCACGUUAUUGGGUUCCCACAUCCCUGCUGCCUCUGAACACACUGUAGCUUAGGUAGAUUGUAAGACACAUGUAGGGAAAGUCUCGAGAAAGCGUAGUGAUGUCGAGUUAACGUAGCGGUAACUUACUCUGAGGCUAAACGUAGACACAGCUUGACUGAGUGUGGUAGGAACGUACAUGUUUGUCAUCCUCUUGGGUCUUAUACGAUGCAUGCUUGUCUGGUUCCUCCAUUCUUCUCUCUCUCUCUGCCUUCUGAUGACCCACUUUUGAUGUACAGCUGUAGUGUUUUGUAUGUGUGUGUGUGUGUAUGUGUGUGUCAGGGUUCUGUAUGUGUCUGUGAGAUUGAAAUGCCUGUGUGUGUGUGUGUGUGUGUUUGAUAUAAAAGUUAAAAUCUUAUUGGUAAUUCAAUACAUUAUUUUGCUAAUUCAGUGUUAUGUGUUCCUUUGCAUUGUGUGUGUGUGUGUGUGUGUGUGUGUGUGUGUUUGCAAAAUCCAUCUCUCAUUCUAUUUGAAUGGCAGGAAGAAGGAAUCCAUAAUAAUCUUCAUAAUUGUGUUUUUUGUCCCGCUCUUAAUGGCAUUUCCUUUCUUAUGUGGCUCAACUUUUUGGUGUGACAUUGACAGACUUGUGUGUCUUGUCUGAUCUUUCCUGAGACACAAGAUUUUUGUCACCAUUGCAUUCAGAAAAUCAACAUUUUGAAUCACACUUUCUGGCUGUUGUAAUGUGUAGUGUUUACCUCAUGGGGUGUGUGUGUGCGUGCGCGCAUGUGUGUGUGUGUGUGUUGUUAUCUGUGUAAUGUUUAUCUCAUGGGAUCUUUGAGGUGUGUGUAUGUAUGAGUGUAUCUUAGUGUGUAUGUGACUUUUUUUUUUAGAUACUACAGUUAUUUUGAAUGAUUACUGUCUGAUUCCUGCGACCUGUCAUAUGGAAAUUACCCUCAUCCUCAAACUCACACAGGAAAUAAUGCUAAACUGUACUGCAGAAAUUAAUAUUACUGCCAUUCUGUAUGUAGGAAUGUGUUCAUGUGUUUGUGUGUGUGUGUUGCUCUGUCACAAAACUACAUACAAACAUACACAACACUAGUAUCACAAUAUUCUAAACCACACUUACACCAUUAUAAUUAGACUUAACAACACCACCCUCAAUAUACCAAACCAGACCAUCACCACCACAUCUCGCACCACCACCACCACAUCCCAAACCAUACCAUUCACAUCAAACACCACCACAAUAUUCUAGACACUUGACAAUAUACUUCACCACCAUUACCAUUAUCCCAAACCCCAAUACAGUAAAUCACACCACUUCACAGCACCACAUCACACCACCACCAGAAUAUUCGAGUCUUGCAGCCUCACAACCCCACACACAUUGUUGUCUUUCAUCAAAGGCUCUCUAUCUAUUGUAAGUUUAUUAAGUAUCCCUGUUCCUAAAACUUUUUUUUAUCUUAUUUUUACUUUUUUUUUUUUAUUUGCUGGUUCACUCUUCUCAGCAAAGACUGAUAAGGAAUGUGUGUGUUUUUUGUUAAUUUUUCUUUUAUUUUGAUUUUUUUUUCUUUUUAGCUAAUUUAAAAGCAGAUCUGUUUAUCUUUUUUCCUGCAGUGAUAUUUUUGUAACUUAAUUUAUUAUAUUGACAGAAUUUGUAACAUAAAACACACAUACAAACACACACAUUAAAAAAAAAAAAACACUAUUUUAUCAUCUGACUAAUAGAUGUGUAAAUUAAUCCAACCCAAAACACAAACACACACACACACCAGCUCUAAAAAAAAAAUACACUAUUAGUUUAUCAUCUAACUUAUGAAUAAGUUCACCUAAUACAAAACACACACUCACACACACACACACACACACACACACACACACACUGGGUAUUAUGAGAGGCUGAGACAAAGGUAAACGUGCAGUAGUGUUAUAGGUACAUUAGAUUACCUUUACUACUUUAAUGUACUGCUGGGAAAAUCCUAACCUGAUAUAGGCCUAAUUAAAUGCAAGACUGUAUGUAUAUGUAUGUAUGUGUGUUAGCAUCUGAGUCCUUUUCACCUGAUCAUCAACACUUCUUAUACUGUCAAAAUGGAUCCAUUAUCAGUUGCUUUCGUGCAUUUCUUAUACCAAGUUAGGGUUUUCCCAAUAGUAUUAGUGUGGUGGUCGCCGUCCCUCACAGACUUGAGGUACAGUGAUGGUGAACCCGAGAGUGCAAAGUCUGAGAAGUGGCUCUCCGUGUCUUAAUUUAUCGGCAUCCAGAUAUCCUGUGUUAGUUCGUUACUCUAUUUAUCAUACAGAAGUCUGCACUGCUUGACUUGUUGUGGUGUUUGCUGUUUGUUUGUGGGCGAGGAACAGGUUUGCGGUUUUACAUAUUAGAGGUGGAUAAAGUGAUUGAAAAUAGAAUAAGAGUAAUGGAUUUGAGUUUACAGUACUGAAAACUCUAAAAACUUCACACUUUGACUCGUAUAAACAUAGAAACAUUGAUUUUUUCCCACAUAAUCAAGCAAAAUGAUUAAUUAACACACCAGGAUCAAUUUAGUACCAUGAAAAAGCCAAACAUAGGCCAGACAACUUUCAUUCCAACUAAAGAACCCUUAAACAAAAACCAUACAACCCUUUCCACCCAAAACCCUUAAACAAAAACCAAACAACUCCUGUACCACCAAAAAACCCAAGACAAACAGCAAGGAACACAAAGGAACAAGCAGCAAAGACCUCAUGAACUUUUGUGUUGUGAGCAGAGUGCCUGGCCCAGCGCCCUGGCCUAGCUCGGCACACCACAGUGAGGGGCUGGGCCGGGGCGCUGGGCAAGCCGUGAAUGGGAGACCUCAUGUACUAGUAAGUAGGGUAGGCAACUCAGCGGAAGGUGUAGAGCUAGUGUGUCCCCUUUGCUAGAUGUUACAGUGUAGUUCAUAUAUUUUGGUAAUAAAUUAUACUCCAUUGA